AUGUUAAAAUUAAGUUUAGGUCGCUCUACUCAUCACACAAAGAUUGGCUUGUUACGAUGCAACGUAUCCAUCAUCUCAAAUAAAGCACCACUACACUCAAAGAGAAUCAACAAAAUUCAAGAUACAAAGACUUCUAAGAAAUUUAAUGAAAGAGCAGUCACAGCAGCUAGGCUGGCGCAAGAAGCCAGCAUUAAAAGUUUUCAAAGUUCUCAACUAAAUAAUCAAAAAAUAUGUCCGAUUAUUCCUCUUCUACAAAAAACAUAUACACCAGAAUUUAUACGCUUACACGAGCAAUCUCAUCUUCAGUCACACUCGCAUUCGCAUUCACAUUCACAUGGUCAUACUCAUUCAAUGAAUAAUCCAUUACUGGUUGCGAGUGCUGAACAGAUCAGAAAGAAUGCAGGUGUGAGAGUUACUUGGUUUGGGCUUGCUGUUAAUGUUGGUAUUGCUAUUAGCAAAUUCAUUGGUGGUAUUGUAUUCCAUUCGCAAGCUUUAUUUGCAGAUGCUAUUCAUGCGCUAAGUGAUAUGGUCUGCGACUUCUUAACCUUAUUUUCUGUCAGAUUUGCUUCAUCUAAACCAUCUCCCGAUUAUCCAUAUGGGUUUGGGAAAGUUGAGACAAUUGGGUCUUUAACUGUAUCAAGUAUACUAACAAUGGCUGGAAUUUCAAUUGGAUGGUCGUCUCUUUGUGUGAUCGUUGGUCCUAUUGUUCCACAUGCCCUUUUAGAAAUAAUGGGAUCAUUCACAGGUCAUUCACAUGGUUCUGUGACAGAGGAAAUUACAAACGUCAAUGCGGCAUGGGUGGCAGCUGCAUCAGUUGCUGCAAAAGAAUGGAUCUUUAGAGCCACAAGAAAAGUUGCCAUUGAAACAAAUUCUAAUGUUUUAAUGGCUAAUGCAUGGCAUCAUCGUGUUGAUUCCUUAACUUCUUUGGUAGCCCUUGUAACAAUCACAUCUGGUUAUUUAUUUAAUAUACAAUCAUUAGAUGCAGUAGGGGGGUUAAUUGUAUCAGGCUUGGUUAUUAAAGCUGGUGUUGAAGGUAUGGUGACGGCGACAAAAGAAUUGACAGAUCAAGCUCUGGAGUAUGAUGAUCCACGUCAUACUGAUAUUGAAAUAGUCCUUAAGGAUGGACUGAAUACUUUUGCGUUAGAAUCCAACAGCAAAUAUCCAUGUAGACUGGCUGAUCUCACUGUAUUGCCCUCUGGGCCUAAUUUCCGUGUUCAUGCAAUUAUUCAAGUUCCUGAGCCAUCGACAGGCUUUAAUACAGGAAUAAAGGAUAUGGAAGUGAUAUCUUCUCAUUUACGCAGUUCGUUGUCAAAAAAUAUUUCUUCAGUCAAAAGGUUAAAUAUUGAGUACAUAUCAAAGGAUUCUGGUAAUAAAACUGAGGCAGGCCUGUCAAGCUCAACAGAAAAACAGACGAAGAACAUUCAUAUGAGCCAUUCGCACAAACAUUAG